AUGGACAAGAGGCGGGACAUGGCUGAGUUCUUCUUGGUUCACUUAAAGCAGGAAGAUGCAGUGAAGUAUUGGUGUCAGUACGAUACAGUUGCACCAUGGGGAACAUCAAAUAAGAGUGAUCCCGUACAGCUGGUGGUGACAGGUGAGGGCACUGGGGAAAGCAGAUGGCCCUGGGCUGUCCCCGCAAGGCGGUGUCCUAUCGCAGUAUCCUCUGUGAACUCAGAUCCAAGUUAUGCCCCUCCUGCCAUUUCCCUGAACCCUGAGGAAUGUGUGGAUGUGGGGAUGAAUGUCACCAUCCAGUGCUGGAGCCAGGAACAUGGGGGAACCAUCUUCCUGCACAAGGACGGGCACUCAGCCCCUAUCCAGCAACAGGACCCCGAUGAUGGGGGAUCUGCUACCUUCACCCUCUUCGGGGUGAACACAGCUGACUCCGGCACCUAUAGGUGCUCCUACCGCGUAGGGGGCUCCUACCUUCUGUCCUCACCCCUUGGGGAUAAUGUGACCCUGGAAGUGAUUCCCAGACCUGCACCCCCAGGUGCCACCUCCAGAAGCCCCGAGGCCGUGCAGUUCCAGGUCAGUGUCUGGGUCAGGGGACCCCUAAUCUCAACCUGUCCCAUGACCCCUCCCCCAGACCUCACCAGGAAACCCCAAACGCUGCCUGUGGGGACCCCAAGGAACCCCCUCCCUUUUAUGCCUUCCCAUGACUUUGUGUGCAUCCCCAAAUCCAGCCCAUGGGGACCUCCAAAUCUCCACCAUGGGGAUGCCCCACAACCCAAACCGAAGCCCCCUCGCAUGCUCCAAGCCUUAAACAUCCCCAGACUCAAUGGGCACCCUCAAAUGAUAAUGGGACCCCCAAACAUCACCCACAGGGAACCCCAAUGUCACAGUCACAGCUUCCCAAAAACUACACCACCCCAUAAUCCCAACCCCCUUCUCCUGGACAGCCCCCCACCCAUUAUACAGUGCCAUCAUCCCCUCAGGCAUGUGUCCCCCGGCGACAGCGAAGGUCUGAUCUACGCCCAGCUGCAAGCUGUGACCCCCAGCACCCACCCCCCCGGCACUUCUACCACCCCUGAACCCCCCAUUAUCUACGCCGAGGUGGGCACGCGGGGACCCCGCUGA